AUGUUUCCGCCGCCUAUCAACUUUGACAUUACACAUUGUGCGGAGUGCGGCGCAGCUGCAUAUCUUCGAUGCAAUGGCUGCCGCGAUUUCCUCAACAUAUGGUACUGCAACAAGAUAUGUCAAGCUGCGCACUGGAAACUCCACAAGCUCGAUUGCAAAUCUGUCCAACUAUACGACAGAAUCAGGCCACUGCGCUGGCCGACCGACGUUGAUCAAGUCAAAGAGGCAGAAGAUGAACUGAACGUCAAUAUAGACGCCAUAACGCGCCAAUAUCUUAUCUACGUUCCAGUUCAAGCACGACCCAGAACUAUGGAUGGUACCAGCUGUCUCAACCACGACGUCAUGAGCGCGAUCAAACUCCUUGGCGAGACAACUACGAUGCGUGAGCACAGCGACAGAAUAAAGGAGCAUCUUGAAGUGCUACGUAAUUCUUUUAAGGACAAGUACGACUAUGAGGUUCCCUUUUCCAUACGUCCCGUGAUCGAGAAUGGAGAGGGACGAUUGGGUAUUCAAUUAUUUGUGCAGGACUAUGAGACCUUGAGCCUGAAGUUGUUUGAAGAUUACUUUGCAGAUGGCAAAAAGACGACGGUGGACCCGUGGAGCAGCUAUAUGAUGACCGAGGAGAAGAAAAUGGAGACGUAG